AUGGCUGCCAGGGGGCCAUCAAGAUAUUUGACAAGGGCCUUGCCCAGGGCAUUUACACCUUCUGCUCGUCCACAGGCCUUUCUUGGCCGUCGCAAUGCCUCCGAUGAGGCCCCAGCUAGGCGACUGUCGGAUCACCUGGGCGAUCUGGAGAUGGAGUCUUCCUUGACCACGCCUGUCUCUGAGGGCACAGCCAAGUCAUUUGACCCCGCUUCUAUGGCUGAAGAGCGCAGAAAGAAGUUGCGAAACAGUUUGUCCACGAGGAAUCAGCUUCCUCGAAGUCGAUACCAAUUCCGCUCCCCGAAAUAUGAUCGUGGUCCUCUUCACCCUCACCAACCUCCCCCUCCCUCCGAUCCCUCUUCCCGCCUGUUCGUCCCCGGCCCAUUCUCCCUUCCCCGUGCUGAGCAGACGUAUAACGCCACUGUCGCAUCCGACAUCAUGGCGCUGUGCUACGUGCACACUCCGCCAGGCUUCAAGCCCCCAGUCAAAGCGGCCCGUCUGCGGGAAUGGGACGACAGUUCCCCGUACCACAAGAACCGUCCCCUCCGCGGACCCCGUGGUGGUGAUGUUCUGCGAUUACUCCGCAAGCCCAUCAAGUUCAACAACAUCCCCAAGAUUGAGCGUAUCACUGUUCACAGCUAUGUGAAGAAUGCAGCGCAGGAGAACUCUUCCUGGCUCCAUGUGGCCGGCAUGGCUGUUCAGGCCAUCUCUAAUAUGCGAGUGGAGACUUACAAGUCGAAGAGCAGUGUCGCUACCUGGCGCAUUGCCCCUGGUCGUGACACUGUUGCGGUCAAGGCGGAGCUGCAGGGUGAGACUAUGUACCACUUUCUGGGCAAGUUGAUUGAUGUUGUUUUGCCUCGACUGAAGGAUUGGCCGGGUGUCAAGGGUAGCAGUGGUGAUAGCAGCGGUAAUAUUACAUUCGGUCUGGAACCGGAACAGGUCGCGAUGUUCCCUGAGAUUGAGGUCAACUAUGAUAUGUACCCUCCUAAGAUGAUUCCUGGUUGCCACAUCACUCUCCACACCACUGCCAAGGCUGACAAGGAUGCCCGGCUCCUUCUCAGCGCCAUGGGUAUUCCUUUCUACGGCAAGAUCGUGCAUUGA